ACGAUACUGUAAAUCCAGCCACUCAAUCAAAAUAAAGUGAAACUGUUCAAAGAAAACUUUUUCCAAAACUGACCAGAAACAACGUUCAGCACAAGGAGUAUUUCCCACAAUCAAGAUUCCAAACUUUGAGAGUAUCCCCUCCAGUCUCUCAGCUCCUAAUGCUAACCCGGCUCGGCAGACUGAGGCGGGGAGAAGUCAACAUUCUAGUGCUAGCAUUCACCUUGCAAGCAGCAUGACAGGUCAAUUCUCAUGGCUAUUCAGGUGUGCGAUGUGAACCUACAGGCUGUCCACAAAUACCACGACUUAUUGCCACAGCCAAUGAAGCGCUACAGCAUGUCAUGCCUCCUCAUGGGUCAGUGAACAUCAAUUCGAGAUAUGCCCCAACAACUCUGUUGAUGGAAAAUGGAAAUUUGGCUGAAGUACUGAGACUAGCUGUUUAAGUAAAGGGAGAAGUGCUGGAUUUACGUUAGAAUGCUGGGAUAAUCCUUAAACACAGAUACAGGAACAUGGCCCACAGCAGAUGACCUCAGACCGACUGUGAGAACGUCCGCACCAUGUCAUUUAAGUCCAAUAGGUUUGAUCCCUUUAAAGUAUUUGAGGUUCAUCACAAGCCUUGCACUAUCCUCACCAUCCAUGUGGGCCAAGGAUACAACAUCACCAAAGGAUGGGCUAAAGAUCUGGUGGACACACCUGAUCCGUACAUCGUCCUGUCGAUCAAGACGUCUCCCUCAGGAUGGCAGAAGACCACUGUGAAGGACAAUGACAUCAACCCAGUCUGGAAUGAAACCUUCACGUUCUUCCUGGACCCGUCGCUGGAGAAUGAACUGGAAAUCAGUUUGAUGGAUGCCAACUACGUGGUAGACGAGCACCUGUGCACCAAGCACCUGCCCCUUAAGCCUCUUCCCCUGGACAAGACUGUGAAACAUAGACUCAGGUUCAAUGAUACAUCCGAAGUGGAAAUUCAGAUGGAGGCUAGUGUAGACUAUGACCCCAAGCUGAACUACAGCCUGGCACUGUGUGAUGAGGAAAAACAGUUCAUGGAGACAAGGAAAAGGAGGAUCUUUGACUCUAUGAGGGACUUACUCAAAGAGAGUGGCCCCCGGAAUCUCCGAGAGGUGCCGACUAUAGCUGUGCUUGGUUCCGGGGGAGGUUUCCGUGCAAUGUCCGCAAUGUGUGGGGUGAUGAGUGCUCUAGUCGACAGCCAGGUGCUAGAUAUGGUAUCCUAUGUUGCGGGUCUCUCUGGGUCAGCCUGGUACAUCUCCCAGCUCUACUCUCACCCCGAUUGGCCAAGAAAAACACCCAAUCAGUUGAAAGAGGAACUGAAACAGAAUAUCCAGUCCAGUCCGUUCUGGCUGCUCAACCCACAGAGUAUGUACCGCUACAUCCGACGCAUCAUGGAGAAGAGGCGGCACGGACAGCCUGUGUCAUUCACCGACUUCUUCGGCCACCUUGUGGGAGAGACGUUGCUCAAAGGGAGGCUGGACACCAGGUUAACAGACCAGCAGCACAGACUCCAGUCUGGGGAGAUCCCCAUGCCUCUCUACACCUGCCUCCAUGUCAAGAAGCAUGUGUCCGCCAUGAUCUUCCACGAGUGGAUGGAGUUCUCGCCGUAUGAGAUCGGGAUGCCAAAGUAUGCGACGUUCAUGAGGCCGGAGUUGUUUGGGAGCAAGUUCUUCAUGGGUCAGCUGGUAAAGAAGUACCCAGAACCCCCGCUGCACUUCCUUCAAGGUAUCUGGGGCAGUGCCUUCUGUAUACAGUUCAAGCGUCUCCUGCAGGACGACAAGCAGGUGGAUGCAGUGGAACUCAUGAGGCGAGAGAGGGAGGAGCUAGAAAAGGAACUUCAACAAGAUAUGGACGACCAGUCCGAUGAGGACAGUGACACAAGUGAUCCCGAGUCCGAGAUGGACACACCAGCAAAGUCCAAUACGAAGACAACCAAGACGCCGCUAAGGAAACCCUCUCUACGAAAAACAAAGUCGGGUGAGAAGAGUCAGAAGUCGUUCUGGUCCGGGAUGCUGGAGAGUUUGUUUGACUCGGCGUUGUUCCAGUCCAUUGAAGGUCGGGCAGCCAUGGUCCACAACUUCAUGAGAGGCCUGUCCUUGUCCAAUGUCUACCCAUACUCCCCUUUUGAUGCCUCCACUACCGUCAACAAAGAAGACCAGUUUGAUGGUAUAUUUGAGAUGUAUCCAACCCACAUCAAGAAGUUGUACGUCGUUGACGGGGGACUGACAUUCAACUCCCCGUUCCCUCCGAUGCUCCGCCCACAGAGAGGGGUAGAUCUUCUGCUGUCCUUCGACUUCAGUGCCAGACCCAGCGACUCCACACCACCAUUCAAGGAACUGCUGCUGGCUGAGAAAUGGGCUCGGCUGAAUCAGGUCCCGUUCCCCCCGAUUGACCCGUCAGUGGUGGACCGGGAGGGACUGAAGGAGUGCUAUGUGUUCAAGGAUCCAAAGGACCCUCACUGCCCCGUGGUGCUGCACUUCUGUCUCGUUAACAUCACCUUCCGCGAUGAGAAGAUGCCAGGAAUUCCUCGAGAAACAGAGGAGGAGAAGGACUUUGCUGACUUUGACCUGUUUGAUGACCCUGAACGACCUUACUCAACCUUCAAUUUCAAGUAUACAAACAAAUCCUUUGACCGUCUGACAAAGCUUACCGAGUUCAACACCCUAAUGCACAAGGAUCUGGUUUUGGAGCACAUCAAGAGCUGCAUCAAAGUGAGGCGGAGACAUAGCAUCCGACGACCAAUCAAAUUGAAGGACAUUAAGAAACUUGGUCUGAAGGACAAAAACAAGGUUGAAAAGCUGGAGGCAUUUAUACGAUCUUUGGAUCAGGACGAACCACCGAUAUGUUGAGGAUGAUGCAGUUAUAGCAGUCUUAUCUUGUUCUUGGCAAUAGAUUUUAUACAAGAAUCAGAUUAUAUUCAAACUGAUAGCUGCUGACAAAGAAGUAGCAGUACUUUCAUAAAGGCAAUCUAAGCCUUUUAUUGCACACAGGUUAGUCAGAGAGUUAUCUCCCUUUUGUUGCUUCAUUUAUGAGAUACUAGUUGUCUCUCUUCUGUUUCUGCAUUUAAGCAAGAUAAUUAUGUCCCUUUUGUGACUGCGUUUUCUCACUUAUGUUUCUGCAUUUACAAAGACAAGAGUUACCUCCCUUAUAUAUUGGAACCUUGGUGUAUUUUAUGUCAUUCGGGCCUUUCCGUAACACCCUGCCAUGCAGAGCCUUGAAUUCAAAGCAUCAAAGCAGAAAAAUAUAUGUAAUGGCAUUUAAUUUAAUGAAAAAGACAUUCCUAAUUAUGGAAGAGUGCCAGCUGACAAUGCCUUACACAUGUGAAUCUGUCUGCUGCUGUUUACACUGGAGUAGAUUCUCACAGAUUAAUUUGUCACCAUACAAAAUAUGUUGUAUUGAUAAACAUGAUGAAUCAGAUUGCCCCUCUCCAUUUGUUUUGUAUGGAUAAUUGAGGUACCUAUGAUGACCACAGUGUAAUUGUAUUGUAUAAAUGAGGUAAUUCAAUUAAUUCACCAUUGAAAUGCUGUUCAAAAUGGUAUUAUACCCAACUUUUCCUGACUCAUUUUGAAAAAAAUAUACCACAGAUAAUCUCACUGUUGUAUCUCUAGGUGCGAACUGUCUCAAGAAAUCAGCUGAAGGAAAUCAUACAGAUAAGAUGUAUUUAUUUCAUAGUAAGGAUUUUUGUCCUUUGAUAAAAUAUGUAGAAAUUAUCUUUGUAAAGUUGGGUUUUUGUUUCCGUAUCCUGAGCUCCCUGUGUAUAAUAAUCAUAUCUAUCAUCCCUAAACCAUGACUAGCGUUGUCAUUCAAGCCUCCGACAGGAUUCAUAUUUCUCUCACAUCGCCAUGGACACAGGCAUUCCAGCCCGUACAUUCUAUAAAAUUAAAAUGUAGCACUUAUCUUGGUUGUUCUUAUAUUCCUUCCACGAAACCAUGAUUAUGAAAUCAGAUAUUCAUCCUUUCACAUUUUAUGUGUCUAACAACUGCUGUAAAUGUCAAUCUGUUAUUGUGCAUGAAAAUAUUCCAUUAAUGUUGCUUUCAGCUUUCAUCACACUUAGAAUGACAUGAUAAUUUAUAUGUGUGUUUCCAUGGUCACAGUACAAUCUGUAUUCUGUGUAUUUGAUGUAUCAAACAUAUAUUUCAUCAGCUUCAGACAUGUUGUUCAUGUU